CUCACUGCACGCCGCGCAUCGUCUGUCCGUCUGAUAACCCGCCGGAUUUUCAGUACAUCGUCUCAACAGAGGUGCCUUCUGCUUUAUCCUAGUCUGCUCAACGUUAUCCAUCAUGGCUGAGAAUAAACUGGCCUCCUUUGGGAAGAUGCUGCUGAGGCGUCGCAUGCUGGACACUUCUCAGGACGAGACCCGCUUCGCUCGCUGUCUCACCACUCUUGACCUCAUAGCCCUCGGGGUAGGGGCGACACUGGGUGCAGGUGUCUACGUUCUGGCUGGGGAAGUGGCCCGAGAGAAGGCUGGACCUGCCAUCGUGCUUUCUUUCCUCAUUGCGGCCUUGUCUUCUGUCCUCGCUGGUUUGUGCUACGCCGAAUUUGGCGCACGUGUUCCCAAGACGGGAUCCGCUUACCUGUACAGCUACGUAACAGUGGGUGAAAUAUGGGCCUUCAUCACGGGAUGGAACCUCAUUCUGUCAUACGUGAUUGGCACAGCCAGUGUGGCACGGGCUUGGAGCUCAACGUUUGACAAUCUAGUGAACAAAACCAUCUCUGAUUUUUUCACUGAUUACAUGUCGUUUCCAGACACUGGAAAAGUGUUAGCAGAGUAUCCAGAUGUGUUUGCUCUCAUCCUGGUCAUAUUGCUCACAGGAUUAUUGGCAUUUGGAGCGAGUGAAUCUGCGCUUGUCAACAAGAUCUUCACAGGAAUCAACCUGGUGGUUCUGACAUUUGUUAUUAUAUCGGGCUUUGUGAAAGGCGACACUGCCAACUGGAACCUCACUGUGGAGAACUACAUUAACAGCACAAACAACUACAAUGCAGAGAAAAUUGAAAAAGAAUUCGGCUCGGGUGGUUUUGCACCAUUUGGCUUGAGUGGAAUCCUAACUGGCGCUGCUACUUGUUUCUAUGCAUUUGUGGGUUUUGACUGCAUCGCAACCACAAGUGAGGAGGCCAAAAACCCCAUGCGUUCCAUCCCGAUUGGCAUAGUGGCCUCUCUGCUCAUCUGCUUUUUUGCCUACUUCGGAGUGUCAGCAGCGCUCACACUCAUGAUGCCCUAUUAUAAGCUGGAUGUUCAAAGUCCACUUCCAGAGGCCUUUCAGUAUGUGCAAUGGGGCCCCGCUCGCUAUAUUGUAGCGGUGGGGUCUCUGUGCGCCCUUUCCACCAGCUUGUUGGGCUCCAUGUUCCCUAUGCCUCGUGUGAUUUAUGCCAUGGCUGAGGAUGGUCUGCUCUUUCGCUCCCUCUCCCGCAUGCACAAGAAAACCAAGACACCUGUGCUGGCCACCAUUGUGUCUGGCAUUGUAGCAGCUCUGAUGGCCUUUCUGUUUGAUCUCGCCGCAUUAGUGGACUUGAUGUCAAUUGGGACCCUACUGGCAUACACUCUAGUUGCUGUGUGUGUACUCAUUCUCCGGUACCAGCCAGGCAGUCUUGGUUCCAGUGGUGCGAAUGAGAAGCCAAUGGAACUGCAGAGGCUGGAGGCUAAAGGAGGCAUGGCAGAUGUGGAUAGCGGGGAUGAGUACAGCCAGGAGCUGGAGACAACGCCCCUCAAGGAGAGGUUUUCCAUCAGGAUGCUGGUGCAGCCCAUCUGUGACGUACCCACCAAGAUUUCUGGCAUCAUUGUUUACGCUGUAACUUGCACCAUAUCUGUGCUGUUCACUCUGCUGUGUGUGGUGCUGGCAGUGUACGGAGAGCAGGUGGGGAAGGGCAGCGCUCUUUAUAUCACUUUGGUUGUUCUCCUGUCUGUUCUGUCUUCUUUCUGCAUCUUCAUCAUCUGGCGACAGCCCCAGAGUAAAGAGGUUCUCACUUUCAAGGUGCCUUUGCUCCCCAUUCUGCCAUUGGUCAGUAUCUUUGUGAAUAUUUACCUCAUGAUGCAAUUGGAUGGACCUACAUGGGUUCGUUUCGCCAUAUGGAUGGUUAUUGGUUUUAUUAUCUAUUUUGCAUAUGGAAUAAGGCACAGCUCUCAGGGUAAAAACAAUUCCCCAGAAAAAUUUGAGCCCAUCCUUCAAGCAAAGAAACCAAUCUACCUGCCUGAAGAUGACACAUAUUAAGAAGAACUGGAUUGGUAACAACCGGUUUUGUAAAAUGCUGCCAUUUCACUUUAUAAUGCACCUUAUAAUUCUUCUAAAGUCUGCAUCGAAAACUGACAAAAAAUGUUUUUUAUUCAGUAGGUAAACUGUGUAUUUCUUGCUAAUUGUUUACCUUGUGUCAGUAAAUGAUGGUACUGUAACAGUGUUACUUAUGUAUGUCUAGGCUUCAUUAUGAAAAGAAUUCGGUCUAGUCCUACAUGUACUUUGUAUGCACAUGUUGUUUUCAGAGAUGGGGCAGGGUGUCUGCAUGUGGGUGGUCAUUUAGGGUGACUCCUUCCUCUCACAAUGAAUGGGAAUAUGUUAUUCAAAGGCUUUGUUUAGACAGGCAGCAAAAAUCUCAUUGGGCGUACCCAACUCAAGUUUUUAAAAAAAAUCAUUUAUGAUGCAAUCUUUGUGCAACGUCCUUCAUGUCUACAUUUACUCGUAUAGCACACUGUCACAUUUGCUAUGCAGUAAAAGUGACUGAUUGCACAAUGAUGUUCUCUCAUGAGUUCAGCACUGCAGUGAGAUGUCAAGGUGGACAUGAACAGAAGCAACAUUGAUGCUUUUCUCUCCUCUCUUUCCACCCUGACAGGUGUUUCCGUUAUGCUGGAUCUCAUGUCAUUACUAUAGUAUCCAGUGUAGAUAUUGACUAGCCUCUGCUGUAGGCAAACCGAUCAGAAUUCAUCCUUUGCGAAAUGACAGUGAGCACAGUCAGAAAAUUCACAUUUAAAGACCAAAUUAGAUUUGAGUGCAGUGUGAACAAACCCAGAAUAUUUUUACUAGACCAGAGAGAAUUGAGAGCGUGUAAAAUAACAUGUGCAUUAUUGUUUUGAACUCAAAACAUCCUUGUAGUACUUAAUUUUCUAAACUUGAUAUGAUUGGAAAAAGUGAUGCAUGAAGAAUAUUUUAAAAACGGCCUUGGAUUUUGUCAGUAGUUUUCUAUUUGUAAAAGUAUGUUCUUGUAUAUUUUUGUAAAUGUAUUGAUGCAUUUAUGUACACGUAGGAGGAAAAUGUAUUUAUUGUUGUCACUGUAAUAUGUUUUACACAUUUAGAAAGAACAAUACAUUUCAGCAGAGUUUUCUCUAUUGAGCUGUACAUAUUUUGGAUGUAAAACAGGAAGCUUUGUCUUAAAUGUGCUUAAUAGCAAAAACAGAAAUGACCUUAUCUAUUUCUAGAAAGGGGUCUAUGUUUUUUACUUACGUGACAAAAUUAAUAAUUUUUCAUUUUGAGCAUCAGCAUCUUAAGUGCUCUUAUUUUUCAUGCACAGUUUAUGCUGUUGUCAUAAUGUUUUUUGUAAAAACAUUGCGAUGUAAAUGCUUUUUUCUUUAAGCAAAAGUAGAUCUGAAUGUAGAGAUUAUGGAGCUUUGUGACUUUGGUGGCUUUUUCCAUUUGCUGCUGGGAUAUGGUAUAUGUUAUUGACAUGAACAGAGCAAUGUAUGGCUCUUUACACUAAACAGAAUUGUUUGUACAGUAUAUUUUUCAAGAGUCAUUACCAUUUUCUGCAAAUAUCGUGACUUUACAGCCUGUUUUGCCAUUAAUGUUUACACAAUGCUGCUGUGUAGGUGAGCUGGAACUGUUUCUUCCAGUUUAUUGAAAAUCAUAUCUGUUACAAAGUUGAGUUAUGAGUCAGUACUAUUAACUUUGAACAGACACUGCCUUCUCUUAUACAGACCCUUAUGAGUAUUACUGUAGUCUACAUUUCCUCAGAAGUGAUGGCUUUACAUGGCUUGAUGCUGUGACUAGCUUUUUUCACUCUUUCAGAGGUAUAGAGCUGUUCAGAUUGAAGUCCUAAAACCUGGAAAAGAGUUUUAAAGGCAUGUAUUCCCUCUGCAAUUAAUUCUGGAUUUUUUAAUUUAUGAGUAAAUUAAGGUCUGUGGUUUACGUUACUUGUUAGCACAGGUUCUUUAUAUAAUAUUAAAGGAACAAAUGUCAAUAUUAGUAUAUGUUAAUUUAGUUAACUAAUGUUAAUAAAUGGAAGCUUAGUUACCACAUAAUACCUAAAUAUAUAUAAAAAAAAAAAUAACUUGCUUAACAAGCUUCCGGAUUGGCAUCAUGCUCUAUUGAUAUGUAUUGCUACUGUAAUAUAACAGGCAUUACUGUUUACUGUGUUAUAAGACAUUGUUUAAUAUUCGUGUAUAUAUUUGCUCUUUAAAGUUGAAGUGUGAAAUUUCUGUGCCACCGAUGUCAGCUAAUGAAAUUGCAAAAAUAGUUAUGGUUUUCAUAAAAUGCUCCCAGAUAGUCCCACCCCAAACUCACACCACUGGUUGCUGGAUUGGAUGCUUAAUCAUGGAUCGGCGCUAUUUACACUUUUUGAGUAAAUCAGAAUAUAAAUGGCUCACUUUUAGUUUUCUCUGCGUGUUAAGAUGAGAUAGAAGAAAGUAUGUUAACAUUCAAACAAAUUACACACUUCAGCUUUUCUAUGUAAAUAGCCUACUUAAUGUGCCUUUAUUAUGUGAUAUGCUGUUAUCAAAUAAAU